GACAAAUACCUCCUCCGCGUCACCGCCGGCCCCACCUACGCGCCCUCCACCCACACCCUUAUCCCCGUUAACACCACCUCGCCCACCCACAUCUCCACCCCCCUUAUGGACGCCUGGCUCAACGUCCGUAUCAAAGGCUACAACGGCCUCCCCACCUCCGCGCCGCCGACCGACUCCGCCUACUUCUCGCACCCGCUGCACACCUCCGACCUGCACAGCGUCGGCUACACCUUCAUCCCGAAGCGCGACAUCCCCGGCCAGGAUCUGGUAACCGGGUUCGAUUUCGACCACUCUAUUCGGGAUAGGCUGCCGCCGGGGUUCAAGACGGCGAUGCGCAUCGUCACGACGUUGCUCGAUCCGGGGAUUUAUUCGGAUCCGUAUUCGGACGCGCCGUUCCUCUAUGGGCUGGCGUUGUCGAGUUUUUUCGCGUUUCGGGUGGGGGAUAAGGGGGAUGGGGGCGUUGGUGAGUUCCGUAUAUCUAUGCUUCUCUCUCUUCUACUCCCGUCCCUGUAGGCUGGAGCAACAGCUCUACCACCGAGUAAGGUUGAGUCUAACGACGGUGUCCAUAGGUCCUUCAUCAGUAUAAUUCCACUGGUAAGUGCUAUCCACCAAGGCCUGAAUAUACCAAAAU